GCUAUCACCGAUAACGGAAAGAGCCGAAGAUGUCGGCUUGGUCAUGUGAUCAGCUGUGUCCAAUCACAGCUGAUCACAUGGGACAUCUACACUGAUCAUCAGGGCACUGAUGAUCAGUGUGCCCUGAUGAUCAGUGUGGCCCCAGAAGUGCCACCUGUCAGAGUCCAUCAGUGCCAGCUGUCAGUGUCCAUCAGUGCCACAUCAAUGCCACAUAUCAGUGCCUACCAGUGCACAUCAAUGCCACAUAUCAGUGCCCAUAUGAGCUGCCUUUCAGUGUCACCCAUCAGU